CUGAACAAGACAGCUCGAGCUAGGACUCGUCGUGGACCACUCGAGAUUAACCGGGGACCUUGAGGGGAAAAAAAAUUUAAAAGGAUGAAUUCUGAAGACUGCUCUAUAACGGAGAAUAGUUCUUCACAUCUGGAGAGAGGGGAGAAGGACCAUGGCACCAGCAUACAUUUUGAGAAGCAUCAUGAAGGAUCCAUUCAAGUCCCUAUCCCUUGUGCUGUGUUUAUAGUGGUCAUCAUCAUGUCCUUAAUGAUAGCUCUCGUUGCCUUCAGUGUGGGCAAGUACAAUUGCCCAGGCUUGUAUGAGAAUUUGGAGUCAUCAGACCACCAUGUUGCUACCUGUGAGAAUGAGUGGAUUUCAUACAAAAGGAAGUGUUACCUUUUCUCUACCACAACCAAGAGUUGGGUCUCAGCCCAACACUCUUGUUCUGAAGAUGCUGCUACUCUUGCUGUUAUUGAUUUGGAAAAGGACAUGACAUUUCUGAAGCGAUUUGCUGGUGGACUGGGACACUGGAUUAAGCUGAAAAAUGAAUCUAAUCAAACAUGGAAAUGGGCAAACGACAAAGAAUUUAACAGCCGGUUCAAUUUGACGGGGUCUGAGAGGUGCGUGUCCCUGAACCACACAGAUGUUGCCACUGUGGACUGCGAGGAAAACUUACGCUGGGUCUGCAGCAAGCCGUCCAGAUGACGAGGAAGCAUAGAUGUGUGCCAUAGCACCACAGGGAAGUUGUGUGACUGGAUACUACUCUGUGCUUGAAUUUUCCACAAAGACUGCACAAACUAACUUUACAUCAUCCUGGAACAACUACAGAUAGGACUGUGGGAUAUGAUGAAGAUCCAGGAAGAUCCCCUGACCAGGAGCUGAAAAUGUCACCGCCUGACUGGUAAUCCCAUCAAGGAUGAGAGGAUGGCUAUGAAGCCUCAGAAAUGCACUUUACAUUUUAACUUAGAAUGAAUAAAAAUGACUAGCUUUAGAGUUACUAUUUAUUGCUGAAUGACUGCAACAGCCAGCGCCUUCACGCAUUUGCACUAUUUGGAGGGGUUUCGGUGGUAGGGAGAGCUGAAUGUAGAUACAGAAAGAUUUGACUGAUUCAUGGUUUUCUUAAACUCAAAAAGCAUUCACAAGUAGACCAAUGCUUAUGAAACCAAGCUUUGCAGUAGCUCCAUCUAUUUACAGACAUUUGCCUCACUAUUUUGUCAAUUGUUUUCCCCUGAAGAAUAAGACUGACCUUUUCUUUAACUUCCUCUGUGUAGACAGCUAAUUUUCAAUGGUACAUAGUUCUUAGUCUUGAAAAAACCUCUGUAGUAUAUUUCAAGGAAGAAACAAAAGCACAGCAUAUGAGGAAUAGUUGUAGAUCAGAUUUCAAAGUGCUGGAAAGAAAAGUGCAAUAUGUGUCUUGGCAGAUCUCUGUCAGGACACACACCCUGUGGUUUGACCCUGGAAAAACUCCAGUCUUGUCACAUAACCUGUUUGUGUCUUUCCCAGUCCUUUGUCCAAAGUAUUCCCCAUGUGCAAUAAAGUGUUUAUGUAUUUGUUUGUAUUUUAAAAACCACUAUAAAGUUUAAGCUGUUUCUAUGAACGUCUAAAUAAAAGAAUAGACAUAUGGU